GCUGACACUCCACUUUCUCUUCCCUCACAAGGCUGAGAUUGAGAGCGUUCUCAAAUCUCUCUAGGGUUUUUCUAGGGUUCUUCUCUCCAGCCAUGGCCAAGCCAGGCCGAGGUCGCCCAUCUCCACCAUCUGGCUCCGCUUCGGGUUCCUCCUCUCGCUCCCGCUCCCGCUCCUACUCCGGCUCUGAUUCUCGCUCCUCCUCUCGAUCUCGCUCUCCUUCCCGCUCAAGAUCCUUCUCUUCAUCUUCGUCUCAGUCGCGCAGUGUCAGCUCUCGCAGUCGAAGCGUUUCUCCUAAGAGAAAAAGUCCUGAAGUAGCUAAGCGAGGUCGCUCCCCACCACCACAAUCUAAAAGAACUUCUCCUCCUCCAAGGAAAGUUUCUCCCAUUCGCGAAUCUCUUGUUCUUCACAUUGGUUCACUCUCCAGGAAUGUGAAUGAAGGCCAUCUAAAAGAGAUAUUUAGUAACUUUGGUGAAGUUGUACAUGUAGAGCUGGCAAUGGAUCGCACUGUUAAUCUUCCAAAAGGAUAUGGAUAUGUUGAAUUCAAGACAAGAUCUGAUGCUGAAAAAGCUCAAUUAUACAUGGAUGGUGCUCAAAUUGAUGGGAAUGUUGUUAGAGCAAAGUUCACAUUGCCUCAGAGGCAGAAGAUUUCAUCACCCCCAAAGGCUGUUGCUACUGCUUCAAAGAGAGAUGGCCCAAAAACUGAUAAUGUUGGUGCAGAUGUUGAAAAGGAUGGACCAAAGCGGCAGAGAGAAGCUUCUCCCCGUCGGAAACCUCCUUCUCCACCACGAAGGAGAUCCCCUGCUCCAGGUCGACGAGGUGGAUCUCCAAGACGACAGUUAGAUUCACCUCAGCGUCGUCGUGGAGAGAGUCCCAUUCGACACCGAGUAGAAUCUCCUUAUCGCCGGGGUGAAACACCUCCUAGGAGGAGACCUGCAUCUCCAUCCAGAGGUCGUUCUCCACUUUCUCCACCAAGGCGGCAUAGAUCACCUGCAAGGGCCUCUCCCCGAAGGAUGCGUGGCAGUCCUGUCCGCAGGCGAUCUCCACCUCCUCCAAGGCGCCGCUCACCUCCCAGACGAGCUAGGAGUCCACCUAUGCCUAGAAGGUCUCCAGUCAAUCGCAGACGGAGCCGCUCCCCCCCUGUUCGUAGGCCUGUUCGUUCACGUUCAAGGUCAAUCUCCCCACGGAGAGGACGAGCACUAGCUGCCAGACAUAGGAGGUCGUCAUCCUACUCUGGAUCGCCUAGUCCACGCAAGGCUGUUCGGAAGAUGUCAAGGAGUGGCAGUCCUAGAAGGCCUCUGAGAGGAAAAAGCAGUAGCAACAGCAGCAGCAGCGGUACCCCUCCACGGAAGCCAUAAAAGCUGAACACCCGAGGCUUUGCUCGCUGACCCUCCUGGAAUUCAAUGCACCUGGGUCUUGUGAAGGUCUUUUGCAGCUGAACACAAGUGAUUGAUGUUAUGUCAACAGUAUUUUACUUCCUAAUUUUUCAUGCUGACAUGUUGGAUUGUGCACUGAGCUGUGUAAACGGACAUGUUGAUGAUUGUUAGGUUUUGGUUGUUGUUGGAUUCAAUGAACUUCUGGUUUAGUUUCUUCA